AAAUUGUUUGGCGGGCUUCUCUUUGUCAGCUGAUCAUCUUCCUUGAUUCACAAUAGAUUAUGAAUGUCGCUUGUAACCGUCAUGAUGAUAAUUCCCCAAUCUUGUUUAUCGAUUUUAACCAAGAUUAUACCUAAACUUUAUCAGUCACCGGUUUUUCUUCUGCGUUCGACCUUAAACUUAAUCACAAAUUACUUAAUCAUUGCUUAGAAAAGAAUGAGAAUUCCACUAGGACCGAUGGAAUAAUCACAAGAUAUGGGACCUGUGGCCCACUUGAAAGGCUACCUUGCUUAAUUUACACUCAAGAGGUGAUAGCUGUUAUCAAUCAAACUUACUUCAAUGUAUAUACGUGUAUAUGUGUUUUUUUACCAUAGAUCUAUUCAAGUUGGGACAAAAACAGGAUACAGCCUCCUGUCAACUGUUGGCGAUCAGGUGACUGAGACAUUUUCUUCUACCGGUGAUCCUAUGUGUAUUGUUGGAAGAUUAUUUAAUCGAAGCUUAGUUACAUUGGUCUCACAGAACGAUAUGCGCAGGCUACUAGUUGCACAUUCCAGAAUAAACACAUUGAUAUGCCACUAUCGUUAUACUUUGACUAUAUUAGCUGUUAAAAUGAAUCAUCAGCGUUUAGUAGUUUGUGUAGAAGAUGGAAUAUUUAUUCAUAAUAUGCGUGAUAUGCAAUUAUUGCACAAAGUUGAAGAAACUCCACCUAACCGAAAUGGUGUUAUUGCUUUAUCGGCCAAUGAAAGCAAUUGCUAUUUAGCCUAUCCUGGCUCUCAUCGUGUUGGAACUGUUUUCAUUUUCGAUGCAUUAAGUUUCCAAAAUGUUACAUCUAUCGCUGCCCAUGAUGGUCUACUAGCAUGUCUUACAUUUAAUGCGAGAGCUAAUUUAUUAGCGACCGCAUCAGAAAAAGGCACUGUAAUACGAGUGUUUUCUAUUCCACAAGGAGAAAAAGUGAUUGAAUUUCGUCGUGGACUUACUCGCUGUGUAUCUAUCUGCUCUCUAUCAUUCAGUAUGAAUAGUCAAUAUCUUGUUGCCGCUAGUCAUACAGAAACAGUGCAUAUAUUCAAAUUGGAAAGUCGUUCUUCUGAAAAGACACCUGAAGUUCAAACUGAUCACUAUACUAGACAACGUACUACGUCUUCUAGUUCUGGAGCUAGUCAAGUUGCUGGAUGUAUUAUAGAUGAUUGUGAUCCGCCUUCAUCUGAUGAUAUUGGCACAAAUUACCCGGGAUGUAUAGAUAUAAAUACUGCUGGUUUAGAUAAUACUAAUACUACAACUGGUGCAGCGGCAGCUACUAUGGCCAGUUGGAGUCAAGGUUUAAUGGGAUGGAUGGGAAGUACUCUAAAAACAUAUUCUGCUUAUCUACCACAUCAAGUUUCCGAAAUAUUUGCUCAGGAUCGUGCGUUUGCAUAUGCUCGAAUACCAUGUGCAUCAGUUAAUAGCCCAUUUCGUCCACCAGGCAGUGGUAGUCCUGUAACCAUGACUCCAACCGGAGAGUUGGUUAAUCUUAAUUAUGCUGGUUCGACAACUUCAAUUCCUCAAGGUAGUUUAAUGCAGUUGUCACCUGGGCAAAGGAAAGUGGCUGCUCUUGUUUACUAUCAGAAUCAACCACGAUUAAUUGUCGCUGGCCUAGACGGUCUUGUGCAUAUUUUCUCUAUUGAUCCAGUCAAUGGUGGUGAAGGUGUUUUAAUAAGAACUCAAAGAUUACUAUCUCCACUUUCAACAAAUAAUCAACCAACUAGUAUAUCAUCUGUAGCAAUGAAUCCUAAUUCACCGUACGAUUCAAACUCUCUCCCAACAUCUAAUGUUACUAAUAGUAAUGUUAAUAUUUCUACCGGAGAUGGUAAUACAUCUAAAAAUGUCAAUUGUAUUCGAACUGGCGGGCCUCAACAACCAGGUGUUUAUGCAUUACCAGCGUCUGUUGCUACAACUGUCAAUUUAUCCAGUGGCAGUAAUCCAGGCGUUGUUACAACUGGUAAAGUCAAUACAUUCGCAUCAGUUGUUGCUGGUGGUAUAAAAGAUGAAAGCACAAACGUUACUGGUGGUAAUCAAUCACCGAAUUCCAUGAAGUCAGCAUGUCAUGAUGAGUGAAUGAAUCGAUAAUGUAAAUGGAUCAACACAACCCCCCUCUACACACACACACGCAUCAAGAAAGAUUUGUCUACACUGCAAUAUUUCAGAUUCAAAUGUUGUUGUCGUCAUAGUUAUUUUAAUUUUGUUGAAUAAUUGGCUAAAUGAUUUUAAUCGUGUAUUUUGACUAGUUCAUUAUCAUCUUCGGUUUAUUUUUGUCAUUCAAAGUUUUAUGUACAAUGAAUUCUCAAAAACGAUUAUUUCAGUUGUUAGUGUGUUUUUAGCGUUUUAUUAUUAUUUUUUUUUGAGUGCCCAUUUUGUUAAGUAAAACACGGAAAUUCUGUUAUUUACUCUUUUCGAAUAUUGUUAGAGUAAAGAAAACUGGCAAAUCUAACCAACAUACACAAACACACACACACAUCAUACACACUCUUCAACAUUAUGCCUAGGUUUUUCCAACCAUCUUUAUUUUCAUAAAGUUUAUUUGACGUUUAUUUCCCACCAUCCAUUAAAUGCCUCUGUGUAUAUCGAAAAAAAGUUGUUCUCAGCCAAGGAUAACAGACAAUGAAAUAAGGUAUAAAUUAUCCCGUCUAUUCAACCCUGUAAUAUUUCUCUUCUUUUUUUUAUUUUUACCAAGUUUGUCUCCUUAUCUUGACUUAUUCCCAUUGUCGAUUGUUCUAUUAUUGUUUACUGCUUGUUGUUAUCUUUUACUGUAUAAGCUACCACAUUGUACUACUCAUUAAUAUCAUGAUCAUUUUGAUAUUUCUUGAUUAAUGUGGCAAUGUAUACUUAUUUUCCAUUAGAUUACACGUUAAUUUUUUUUUCUCAUUACUGUUAACAUGAAUUAUUUACUUCUCAAUGAAUUAUUCAAAUUUAUUAUUACUUCCCAUUUAUAUUUAAUGGAAAAGUGGAUUAUUCUUUGUACAAAUUUUGUUGUCGAUUUUUUUCUCUCCCCCCCCCUAAAACAAUUGUUUUACAGUAGAAGAAAAAAAAGUGUCAAUGAACUCUUGAAUGAUAGAUUUUGAUCUGUCCUUAUCUUUAAACUUUGUAUUUUUACACUAUUAUUGACCCUGUUAAUAAUACACCUAUAUAUUGAGCAUCUCACUCUUAUUCCUAUCCAUUUUGAUUAUUAUUUUGUUGAAACUGUGAUUCGUAUAUUAAUUGUUUUUCAUUUAUCUAAUUGUGCUACCUGUGAAUUGUUGAAAUAGAUGCGAGUUGGUGGUAUGUUAGUAUGGUUCUGGUUUUGAAGAGUUCUUUUCGAUGUUGUAACUAAGUCAAAGGUGUUAUGAAAUGAGCUUUACAGAUUUGCAAAAGUUUUACCCGAAAAAUUACAUUGUCGUUAAUAACUGUGUGAUGUUUGAACACUAUAAGUUGUCAUCUGAAAGAAAUGUGUUAUUUCAUGCAGUUGGUUCACAUACAAAUGUAAAUAAACGAAAAUAACAAUACAGGAUACAAUGAACUCAUUGCAUUUCACCGAUUUGUUGAAUUUAUUCAAAAUGUUA